UGCAUGUCUUGACAAUCACAUAAUCAAACCUACAAUCUUACUAGCAAGUUACAUAUAUGUGGUCUUAUGACCUUCAUGGCUAUUUCCGAGCUAUCCUUGAGCUUAUUCAUGGUCUAUGUUCUAAGCAUUUUCUCCAACUUUGCGUCUCUUGCAUCAUCCUCUUCCUCCACCGAUACCAUAUGCAACCUUACACCUUAUCCAACAUUUUGUGAAUCCAAUUCACCUUCUAGUAACAGCCAAGGCGACAUACACGAAUAUGGCCGGUUUUUUGCAGGCAAAUCCUUGUCAUCGUCGAAGAAGUUCGUCGCAUUAGUCUCUAAAUACCUUUAUAAAUCUCCAUCCAAUUUCUCAAACUCCACAAUUCUUGCUCUUCAAGAUUGUCACCUUCUAGGUGACCUGAAUAAGGACUUUUGGCAUAAGACCCAACAAAGCAUAAAUUCCACAAACACCCUCAGUAGCUCAGAAGGUGAAAAAUUGCACAAUUUGCUUAGUGCUACAUUGACCAACCACGACACGUGCUUAAACAGCCUUCAUGAAACUACUUCAAGCCCUGACAAUGACCUACUAACCCAUCUUUCAAAUGGAACCAAGUUUUAUAGCAUAUCUCUUGCAAUCUUCAAGCGGGGAUGGGUGAACAAUACUGCAAAUAAGGAGAGAAAACUUGCAGAAAGAAAUUAUCACAUGUGGGAACAGAAGCUGUACGAGAUUAUCAGAAUAAGAGGAAGAAAAUUGUUUCAGUUUGCUCCAGACAACGUUGUUGUGAGCCAAAGGGUGGUGGUGAACCCAGAUGGUUCUGGAAACUUCACAACUAUCAAUGAUGCAGUGGUUGCAGCUCCAAAUAACACCGGGGUUGGAAAUGGGUUUUUCGUGAUUCACGUGGUGGCUGGAGUGUAUGAAGAAUAUGUUUCUAUUCCCAAAAACAAGCAGUACCUGAUGAUGAUAGGAGAUGGAAUUAACCAAACCAUAAUCACCGGUAAUCGCAGCGUGGUUGAUGGUUGGACUACCUUCAAUUCUGCAACAUUUGCCGUGGUUGCACAAGGUUUUGUGGCAAUAAACAUAACAUUUCGCAACACAGCUGGAGCAAUCAAGCACCAAGCAGUAGCCCUCAGAAGCGGUGCAGACCUAUCUGCAUUUUACAAUUGUAGCUUCGAAGGGUACCAAGACACCUUAUACACUCAUUCCCUUAGACAAUUUUACAGAAACUGUGACAUUUAUGGCACGGUGGACUUCAUAUUUGGUAACGCAGCAGUUGUAUUACAAGACUGUAACAUCUACCCAAGACUCCCAUUGCAAAAUCAAUUCAAUGCAAUUACCGCACAGGGAAGGACUGACAUUAACCAAAACACCGGCACCUCCAUACACAAUUGUAGCAUAACCGCCGCGAGUGACUUGGCCACUAGCAAUGGCACCACGAAAACGUACCUAGGAAGACCCUGGAAGCAAUAUUCAAGAACACUUUAUAUGCAGUCUUUCAUGGACGACGGUUUGGUCGAUCCAGAGGGGUGGAAAGCUUGGUCUGGGGACUUUGCUUUGGACACACUUUAUUAUGCGGAAUUUGAUAAUCAAGGGCCUGGAUCUAACACUAGUAAUAGGGUUACUUGGCCAGGGUACCAUGUGAUUAAUGCCACAGAUGCUGUCAAUUUCACAGUUGCUAAUUUCAUAAUAGGUGAUGCUUGGCUGCCUGCGACUGGAGUACCUUACUAUGCUGAUUUACUCAUCUGAUUUACACCUUAAAAAAAAAUACAAUAAAUGAAUUUAAUUGGUUCAAAUUAGUUUCCAUUUUUCUCUGUAAUUGUUCUCCUAUGAUGUUUUA